AUGACACAUGUGGUGUCGGAUCUUGCUGGGGCCGUGAUACCGAUGAUCACUGUAGACUGUGCCAACAGAAAUUUGGAAAUGCCACCGGCCACUCUACCGCCUGGAACUACUACUUUAAGGCUGGAAAACAAUAAGAUUCCUGUGUAUGCGUUUGAUAAGGCGAUCCAAGCCAAUAAUAAUAUAAUGCACUUACUGUUGGGCCAUAAUCCUUGGCGAUGCGACUGUCACUUUAUUCCUCGGUUUCAAGCCUUACUACUUAAGUAUAAGCGAGUGAUACGUGACCAGUCAGAUAUAAGAUGUCCGAAGUCCGACGACAAAACUAUUUCUCUCACUCAGGUAACUAUAACAUAA